AUGACCAAAGCUCAUAUCACUCUGAUCCCAAAAGAAGGAAAAGAUCACACUAUUUGCUCUAAUUUUAGACCUAUUUCCCUACUCAACACGGACCUAAAACUCUUAGCUAAACUGUUAGCCAACAGAUUGGCAAAGAUCCUUCCGACCCUGAUCUAUAGAGACCAGGUAGGCUUUGUUAAGAACAGAGAAGGCAAAGAUAACACCGCUAGAGUUCUUAAUAUCCUACACCAUGUCAAAAAGCAGGCCAUGCCCUUGGUUCUUCUCAGCACGGACGCUGAGAAGGCUUUUGAUAGGAUUAAUUGGUCUUUUAUGUACUCAGUCUUAAGGUCUAACAACUUUCCUAAUACCUUUGUCCAAGCAGUUAAAGCCAUGUAUUUGAAUGCCUCAGCCUCCAUAAUGGUCAAUGACACCAUAUCAGCUCCUUUUCUGAUUAGUAAUGGCACCCGUCAAGGAUGCCCACUGUCGUCCCUUCUCUUUGUUCUGACACUAGAGCCUUUUUUGCAGACCAUUAGGUUGGAAGGAGAUGUCCAAGGGAUAACUCUGGGAGACCAACAGCACAAAAUAGCUGCGUUUGCUGAUGACAUGUUGAUAAUGACAUCUCCAUUCACCUCUAAACCCUUCGACACUUGCGCUGUGGUUGGGAAUGGAGGAAUUUUACAAAACAGCUCUUGUGGGAGAGAAAUUGACAAAAUGGAUUUCGUGUUUAGGUUUAAUUUACCACCUAUGACCAUAGUAGAUGAUAUUGGAAACAAGUCUGAUUUUGUGAGUGCAAACCCAAGUAUUCUGAAUACCAGGUUUCAAAAGCUCCUUGAGAGAAGAAAAUCAUUCAUUGAGCUUGUGAAAAGCUAUGGCUCUGCAAUGAUCAUCUUACCAGCUUUUUCAUACGUAGGCAACAUGCAUGUUUCUUUCCGAGCAUUACAUUCGGUACAAGACUUUGAUUUGCCAAAUAAAAUCGCCUUUUUCCAUCCUGAAUAUCUGAAGAAUCUCUCAAUCUACUGGAAAGAGGAGGGGCUGAAGGUCAAACGUUUGUCUUCUGGGCUCAUGCUGGUCAGUGCUGCUAUUGAGCUCUGCGAUAAGGUGACCCUUUAUGGAUUUUGGCCAUUUCCUCAAGAUCCAGAAGGACACACGAUUUCUCACCACUAUUAUGAUAACAAAAUGCCCAAACCCGGUUUCCAUUCAAUGCCUGAAGAAUUUUAUUUCUAUACACAGAUGCAUUUGAAGGGAGUGUUACAUCUCAAAGUUGGACAGUGUUCUUUGGGUGGGUCAUAA